GCUGUUCGACAUCGACAGCGGGCGCAACGCCCCCCUGCACGCGCCGCCCUCGGAGCACUACACCAUCAUCUUCAACACCUUCGUCAUGAUGCAGCUCUUCAACGAGAUCAACGCGCGCAAGAUCCACGGCGAGAGGAACGUCUUCGAGUCCAUCUACCGCAACCCCAUCUUCUGCACCGUGGUGCUGGGCACCUUUGCAGCUCAGAUCAUCAUUGUGGAGUUUGGUGGGAAGCCAUUCAGCUGCUCUGGGCUCACCCUGAGCCAGUGGUUCUGGUGUAUUUUUAUUGGAGUGGGAGAGCUCCUGUGGGGCCAGCUGAUCUGCACUGUCCCAACCAGCCACCUGAAGUUCCUGAAGGAAGCUGGGCAUGGCAUCACCAAGGAGGAGAUCCCAGAGGAGGAGCUGCCCGAGGACGUGGAUGAGAUCGACCACGCCGAGAUGGAGCUGCGGCGUGGGCAGAUCCUCUGGUUCAGGGGCCUCAACAGGAUACAGACACAGGUACUGGGGGCAGUGGGUUCUGGGGGGCUCUUUCUUCUCUCUCUCUUUCUCUCUCUUUCUCUCCAGGGGCUCUGUCUGGAAAGAG